UCCACUCGACGAAUAACAAAAAAAAAAAGAAAAUGCCUUUGUCUCUGCUCUCUCCUCUUCCUCUGCUCCACUCAUUCUCUCCGACAAAAUCCACAGUCUCUAGAAUCAGAGCCACGCAGUCUAGACUCCGCUUGUCCGUCGUCAAAGCGACGUCGGAGAAGGGGAGCAGCGGGAAUGUUCCCGAGGACGAUCCAUCUUUCAACCCAUUUGGCUUCGUUACGGACAAUCCCUCUAGCCGGAGCGCAAUUCAGCUGCCGGAGUCUCCUGCUGAAGACGGUAACGUCGGUCAGAUGCUUUACAGGACAGAAGAUAAGGGAAGAGAGUUUGGUUCCACAAUCAAAGCAGGGAAGCUUAGAUGGUUUGUGAGAGAAACUGGAUCAAAGGAGAGUCGUAGAGGAACAGUUGUGUUUCUUCAUGGAGCUCCAACUCAGUCUUUUAGUUACCGUACUGUCAUGUCUGAGAUGUCAGAAUUUGGGUUUCAUUGCUAUGCACCUGAUUGGAUAGGAUUCGGAUUCAGUGACAAGCCUCAGCCAGGAUAUGGUUUUAAUUACACAGAGAAAGAGUACCAUGAGGCCUUUGAUAAACUGCUGGACACGCUGGAGAUCAAGUCUCCUUUCUUUCUCGUUGUUCAGGGAUUUCUUGUAGGGUCUUAUGGUUUAACAUGGGCACUGAAGAAUCCAAGCAAGGUUGAGAAAAUCGCCAUCCUUAAUACUCCCUUGACGGUUUCAUCCCCAGUUCCUGGAUUGUUUAAGCAGCUGAGGAUUCCCCUCUUUGGUGAAUUCACGUGCCAAAAUGCUAUCUUGGCCGAGCGGUUCAUUGAAGGAGGUAGCCCAUACGUCUUGAAGAAUGAGAAAGCUGAUGUGUAUCGUCUACCAUAUUUGUCAAGCGGAGGGCCCGGCUUCGCCUUACUCGAGACUGCUAAAAAGAUCAACUUCGGAGACACCUUGGGUCAGAUUGCAAAUGGGUUUUCAUCAGGCAGCUGGGACAAGCCUACGCUUCUGGCUUGGGGAAUAGUUGAUAAGUACCUCUCUCAGUCUAUAGCAGAGGAGUUUGAGAAACAGAACCCUCAAAAUGUCGAGCUUCAACUCAUCGAAGGUGCUGGCCAUUUGCCUCAGGAAGACUGGCCAGAGAAAGUAGUUGCUGCCCUCCGUUCAUUUUUCUAACUUCCAAAGUUAAACAAGGUAAUGGUGUUAAGAGUAUUACCUCUUUGAUGGAUGUGUGCAAGGCUUCACAUUGCUCUUUGGAGAGGCUAGAAGCAGUCUGCAAUGGGUGGAUUCUUGCCUGCGAAAGAGAAAGACAAGCAGGCAUUAAUACUACAACAUGUAAAUCAAAUCGUAAAAUAUACAAAAAUGUGAAUACUUUGUGAACCAAAUGAGUGGUUGCAUAGAUGAUUCAUUUGAUCUCAAGUUAUUUUAAUAGCUUAAAGGUCAA